GUCAGAAACUCUAAUUUUUAAGUAUUUAUUUUUGUUAAACAUCAGGAGCUCGUGAAUUUAUUGUUUGUUUACAUGUGGUAACCAAAGGUCUUAUUGAGGACAUGCGUGUGGAAGUUUUACGGGCUUGUGGAGACAAAUCAUACAAUUUGUUUACAAACAAGUCAAAGAUAAUAUUAUAGUUUUGAAUGUUAUGAAACAGACCGGCAGUAGAACUACUGUGUCGGAAGUUUUGCAUGUAUGAGAAAAGUUAUAUUUGGGGGCGUGAAAGACACAAAAUAUGAACAUUUGUAGAACUAUACUGCAGAGGAGAUCAUGUUUUUUAAUCAACAAUUUGAUGUAUUCCAAAAAAGCAGAGGCUGGUGCCACAGUAGCUGGGCUUGGAAAACGGAAGAAACUUGGCAAAUUAGGUCCUGUAAUGGAGAAAAAGGUUCUUCCUGUAGAAACAGAUCCAGCUAGGUUAGUGUCUUAUGUUUGUGGUAGUAACAUAUACAAAGAAGGCGAAGAUAUCAAACUGAAGGAAGAUUCUGAAUAUCCAGACUGGCUUUGGAACAUACGAACAGGCAAGCCACCUGCUUUAGAGGAAUUGGACCCUAACACAAAAGAGUAUUGGAGAAGACUGAGGAAAAUGGCAUUGAGAAGAAAUAAUCAGUUGCAAAAGAUAAAGAAGUUUUAGGUGCAUCUGUGUAUUGUGCAUGGUGAAAUAAGUGAUACACCGAAAGUGUAGAUAAAGAGCUGUUUUAUUUAAUAAACUAUAACUGUUUGUAUUAUACAUUUUUCAAAAUAUAUGCAGUAAAAUUUA